CUGAAGGCGGGCUGGUGAUGAUGGGAGGCGUUUCCAGCAUUAGCCCAGCUGUUGCGUUGAGUGCAGUCCUGCACAUGCUCGGUUAAUGAACCAGUUGGCGUUGGAUGCAUUAAAACACGGAAGGCAUCUCCUCGUUAAUAAAAAGGGCCUACAUACAAUAGAAAUAAGAAGCCGGGGUUGGCUUGGGCUGGAACGAUAUUUAAACGCUGAGUAACUUAGACAGCACGCUUACAAAGACGAGGGACUAGCGCGCCUUGGCACCGGAGGGAAGCACUAACUUCACAGACGAACUGAGCAUCAAUUUAGGACAAACAUCUCAGCAUACUGUAAGAGCAUGUUUCCGUGGACCGUUUUACAGCAUGUAAAUUCAUAAUUAUCAACUUAAGAUCCAGAAUAAGGUUUGGAAAGCGACAGUGUUGUGCUCGUUUUGCUCUCUCCAACCGUGCCAAUGCUGGAAUGGCUCGUGGCUCUGUGCGUUGUGAUCCUGGUGGUCUUAAUUUGGCCAGGCUCCACAUAUUUUGGCACAGAGAGACAGUCGGAUACCUUUCUUCGGGGACUGGAAAUUUCACAACAGACACCGAAGGACAAGACGGGGAAGUGCGUCUCAUCAGAGCGAGAGGAGAGCGACGGUGCCCAGGCAGCCUGUGCGGGUGUUAGGACCGAUAGGAAAGCACGCACCGUAGCACUAAUCUGCAAACCGUCGGCACUGGCCAACUAUCUCCUAAAACACUGCAGGACUUUCAGUAAUUACUCGCCGUGUGUUGGGUGGACGUGGCGGGCCAGCGCCCUACUUCAGAGUGUGUACAAGGCGUGCUGGCCGUACGAUAGUCCGGUCCAGUUUGUGCGGGACAACCUGCAGCUGAGCGAUGAUGGGCUGGUGGCUUUGGACUGGGCAGUGCCAUCCUACCAGAAACGACGCAGGACUUCCAGUCACUCCACCAGUCCGGUUCUGCUCAUCAUCCCAAACUCUUUUGGGAAGAUCACUAGAAAUGUGUUAAAGCUGUGUGAAACCGCACUGUCCCAUGGCUACCUACCGGCAGUUUUCAACCGCCGCAGCCACAACGGCACCCCGCUCACCACGCUAAAGCUGCAACAGUUCGGUGACCCUGCAGAUCUGCGAGAGGCCGUGCGCUACAUUCGCCACCGGCAGCCUGCAGGAAGACUGUAUGCAGUGAGCGAAAGCACUGGGUCGGGCCUUCUCCUCUCUUACCUGGGGGAGUGUGGAUCAUCCAGCUAUAUGACGGCGGCCGUCUGCCUGUCGCCUGUGUUCCGCUGUCAGAACUGGUUUGAGAACGGGCUGUGCAUGUGGCCCCUGCAGUGGGCUUUGGUGCUCUACCAGAAGAUAUGUCUCAGCAGGUACAAGACGGUGCUGGGUGAGACCAUACAGACAGACACCCUUUUUUCUAGCUAUUCCUUGCGUGGCCUGGAAGAGGCAUUGUUCUGUCAGACUGGCUCAGCAACAGCACCAACAGCAGGGACGAGCAGUAGCUGCAACACUUCAGGUACCUGGGAUGCUUACUGGGAACGCAAUGAGCCCUUAAGAGAUGUAGACGAAGUGGCUAUUCCUGUUCUGAGUGUGUGCGCUCAGGAUGACCCAGUCCGCGGUGACAUCCAAUCCACGAUACCCAUGGAACUCUUUGAGACAAACCCACAUUUUUUCCUCCUCCUAACUAGCCGUGGAAGUCACUGUGGGUUCUCCACCCAGUCCGAGGGGAGCGCUUCUGGUGCAUUGGGGACUGUCAGUUCUGUGGCUCCACCAACCAGUGGGAUGGAGAGCCGUCGGACCAACUGGAGCCACAGAGCUCUGUUGGAAUUCUUCAGGGCAACCACAGACUUUUUUGCUGCAGAAGAGAGAGCGAAGCAGCUCGCUGCAAGAAGGAGGGGACUGGGGGGAGGCGCAGGAGGGAGGGUUUUCCGCCACCGCAGCGUCAGUACAUGUAAACGAGUGCCAGCGUGUUCCCAUAAUAUCCAUGCCAUUUACAACUGGCAGAGGUCCUACACACGAUGAGGGAGCUUACUGGAAGUUAAAGGACUUUAGGGAUGCUUUCUGAUAUUGUUUAGACUUUGGAUGUGAGGAACUUAGGUUGUUCUCUGCCUGUGUGACGAUAUCCAAAACUAGAACAUUGCAGAUGUUGUGAAGUACUGAGGUCAUGGAGUACUUUUAAGUGUGUGUUGUUCUCACACACUUUAUGUGAGAUAUAAAACACUCAGACAGAAAAACGGAUCACACCAGGCCACGCGCUUGCUGUAUGUUUAACAUUACACUCUCAAGACGAGUGGCUAUAUAUUUUUCUACAGAGCAUAACAAAUCUCUUCAUUGCAAGCUGUUAAAUCUGAAAGAUGCUGUCACACAUUCAUUUAUUAAUUUAUCAAUUCAACUGCCUCAAGUUUUACACAGUUUACAAAAAUGUUGACACAUAAUGUAGCAUCUUACUGUUAGUCUUUUUCACACUGAAAGGAUGUUUAUAGGGGAGCAAAUGUUUUGAAAGUAUUGUGCAUAAAGUAGAAAGGAGG